AUGACCGCAAGCUCAGUUACACCACAAAAAGACGUGAAGUUUUAUCAACACCAGCGGGCAUCACCGCAGAGGGCACAGAGCAUUCGCACAAGAUACCAGACAACAGGCAUUAUCAUGACGGCCUCCUCCACGCUGCUGGCCCUCUUCCUCAUGCCCCUCUGCCUCUGGAUCUACAGCCGCCACUGGAUCAACACAGCCCUGGUGCAGCUGCUGCCCCUGGGGGCCGUGAGCCUGACGCUGGGCAGUACCCUGCUGCCCAUCGGCCUGGGCGUGCUCAUCCGGUACCGGCACCCCCGCGCCGCCGACCUCCUUGUUAAGAUUUCCCUGUGGUCCCUCUUGGUGACUCUGGUGAUCCUGUUCAUCCUGACUGGGACCAUGCUGGGCCCAGAUCUGAUGGCACACAUUCCUGCGUCUGUCUAUGCCAUUGCGGUGCUGAUGCCUCUAGCAGGGUACGCCUUGGGAUACGGCUUAGCCACGCUCUUUAAAAUGCCCCCACACUGCAGGAGAACAGUGUCUUUGGAAACAGGGUGCCAAAACGUCCAGCUCUGCACUGCCAUCCUAAAACUCACUUUCCCCCCAGAGCUCAUAGGGAGCAUGUACAUGUUUCCCUUGCUUUAUGCGCUCUUUCAGUCAGCAGAAGCAGGACUCUUUGUGCUGGUAUACAAGAUGUAUGGGAGAGACAGCUACAAACAAGAUAUGCUCGGUGAAGAGGAAGACACAGAUAUUUCCUACAGGAAACUGAAAGAAGAGGAGGUGGCUGAUACUUCGUAUGGCACAGUGACCACAGAAGAGCACAACUCUGUUCAGGUGGAGGUGACGCAGACAGCGCUUUAGGCGAGAUAAGGUGGUGACACCCGGGGACGGACGUGUGAUGUGUGCUGUGCUUGCAGCCAGGCCUCUGCACAAGCAGAGCUGCCCGGCCUCCAUCAUUUCUCCAGCUGCUCCCAUUGUACAAGGUGAUGUGUGCUUAUUACUGUGACAGUUGUAUUUCCUCAAAAAUAAGUAUGAAAAAAAAAAAAACAGCAAAGGAAAA